CGUGAAGUCAUUCCUGACAUAUUUAAUGUUUGCAGAUGAAAUAAUGUCGCACCCACUGAAACAGGUUUACAUGGUUUAAACGGACGCGCCUCCCAGCUGGCACGAACUCGUUCACGUGUUCAUGCCUCUGCCGCCACAACUGACUUCCACCAAACACCUACCAAAGUCCACAGAGAUCUGAUCGGGCUUUGGGAAAGUAGCUCUUCAUGCCAGAUGCUUGCUCACACCGUGACUAUGAUUUUUUUUUUUUUAAUCUCGACUUCCUGAAAAACGUGGACAUCCUCCUGCACGAAAUGGUUAAUCCUCCACUGGAUCAACGCUGAUAUAGAAAUGAAACCGGAGUUUCCUGUUUCUCAUUUCCUUAUUUUGUUGCGCUGUUGCCACAAUGCCUGGUUCUUUAGGUUUUUAGACCAAGUUGACAUUUUUCAAGAGCAGAAGCUGAGCUGCUGGAAGUGAAUCACAUCUGUCUGAAGUCUGGAUGCCCCACGUGAUGAGAAGCAGUAGAAUUAGUAAGUGUUCUGCAGAUUCUUGAAAGAUGUGCUCCCCUCGUUCCUGUCUGCUAUCAUGGGCCCUCAUCAUGUGUUGUUUAAUGAUGGGACCGUCCUAUUACGUGGCCGCCGUUAAGAAGAACUCCUGCCACGUGCAGGACGGCCGAGCUGACUGCAGUCACCUCAGCCUUCGGGAGAUUCCUCCGGAUCUUCCCACAAACAUCUUCAGUUUGGAUAUAUCUCACAACAGAUUGGUGGGGCUUCCCCCUGUGUCGCUGAAGCUGUACCCAGGUCUCGUCCACCUCGAUGCCAGCUACAACAGCAUCUCCAAGCUGGAGGAGGGUUUGUGCCAGACGCUGCCUCUGCUACAGACACUGAACCUGAAACAUAACCAAGUGCAUUUGCUGAAGAACGAGGAUCUGAGCCAUUGUACCAAUCUGAUAUCGUUGAAUAUGGCCAGCAACAGGCUGAAGCUGGAAGGAGAGCCGUUCUCUGGGCUGCAGAGCCUGAAAUUUCUUGAUGUUUCCAUAAACAAACUGCAGUCAGCCACGCUUGGCUCUCAGCCACAACUGCCCAGAUUAGUGAAGCUCAAUCUGGCAUUCAACGAAUUCACCGCUCUGAAGAGAGAAGACUUUUCCUUCCUCAACCAGUCAUCAUUUCUACAACUCCUCAACCUGUCAUCAGUGCCUCUAAACACACUGGAGACGGGUUGCUUUAAGCCUAUUUCUGGCCUACGUACUUUAAUACUGGAUGGGAGCAAAAUAGGCACUCGGGUCAUUUCCAAAGUCUGCUCAGCCCUUUCUGAUACCGCCAUCGAUGCCCUGUCUCUUAAGAAGAUGAAUCUGAUCACGCUGACAAACACAACCUUCAUUGGACUGAACAAAACAAAUGUAACCUUUCUGGAUCUGUCCAGUAAUAGCAUGAGUAAAAUUGAAGAUGGCUCAUUCCAGUGGCUGCCUAAACUUCAAACUCUGAUUAUGUCCGACAACAACCUCAAGCGCCUGACCAACAGCUCAUUUAUGGGGCUCGAAAGUUUAAAAAAACUCCAGCUGACAAAAGCACUGGUGAAAAGCUCCUCCAGCCCCAUUAUCAAUGACUUCUCUUUCCAACCAUUAAGCUCCCUGGAGAGUUUGAUAUUAGCAGGAAAUAAAGCUCUGAGGAUCACAGAGCACACCUUUACAGGCCUGACAAGUCUUACAGAACUUGAUCUGAGCGGGAGUAGUUACACGUCACUCAAAUACAUGACCAACAGGACCUUAAUCUCACUUGCGGGUUCACCGCUUACAAAGCUGAAUCUGAUAGGAACAGAUAUAAACCUCAUUAAUAAUGGAAGCUUCUCGUUUUUGAGAAACCUCACCAUUCUUCUUUUAGAUUACAACUUUAUCAGGCAAAGUCUCACUGGUGGAGAAUUUGAAGGCCUGGAUAAGGUUCAGGAGAUUCACAUGAGCAAUAACUAUCAGUCAGUUACCCUGAGUUCUGGAUCAUUUGUUGGCGUGCCCGGUCUUAGAGUCCUGACUUUGGGAAAAAGUCUGAGAGCUGAAGCUUUGAACCAGGAUCCCUCUCCAUUCAGGUUCCUGUCCAACCUUACCAUCUUGGAUCUGAGCAACAACAACAUUGCAAACAUCAAAGAAAGUAUGCUGGAGGGCACUGUGAACCUGAAGGUAUUGAAACUCCAACAUAACAACUUAGCCCGGCUGUGGAAGAGUGCCAACCUUGGUGGGCCAGUGUUUUUUCUCAAGUAUACGCGGAAUCUGAUAAACUUACAGCUGGACUAUAACGGAUUUGAUGAGAUUCCAGUGGAGGCUCUCAGAGGUUUGACCAGCCUCGAGGAGCUAAGCCUCACCAACAAUCUCUUAAACAGUCUGAAGGACUCCGUUUUUGAUGAUCUGACCUCACUGCGGGUUUUACGUUUACAGAAGAACCUGAUCACAGCAGUGAGGCCUGAAGUGUUCAAAACUCCUAUGAGCAACCUCAGCCUGCUUGUCAUGGAAAAAAAUCCGUUUGACUGCACGUGUGACAGCAUCCUGUGGUUCACGACAUGGUUGAACAAAACAAAUAUGACCAGUGUGCCGGGUCUCAAGGACCAGUAUAAGUGCAACACCCCGCUAACUUACUUCAACCGCUCCAUCAUGGAUUUUGACCCCCUCUCUUGCAAAGACAUGACCCCAUUUCAGGCUCUUUACAUACUGAGCAGCACAGCUGUCAUCACGCUGAUUGUGAUCGCACUUCUGGUGCGGUUCCAUGGCUGGAGGAUUCAGUUCUAUUGGAAUAUACUGAUCAAUCGCACACUAGGAUAUAGUGAUGCCAAACUUGAAGAGGGCAGAGAAUUUGAGUAUGAUGCUUACGUCGUAUAUGCAGACAGAGACGCCAGCUGGGUGGAGAGAAGGCUGGUCCCUUUGGAGAAUGAAAUGUGUCGGUUUUGUUUGGAGGAUCGAGACUCAGUUAUUGGCAUGCCACAGCUCGAGUCCAUCGUGGAUAAUAUGAACAAGUCCAGAAAAAUCCUGUUUGUCGUCACUGAAAGUCUUCUCAAAGAUCCCUGGUGUAGACGAUUUAAAGUCUACCAGGCACUUCACCAGGUCAUCGAAGCCAGCAGGGACUCUGUUGUUCUGGUCUUUCUACAGGAUGUGCACGACUACAAGUUGUCUCGCUCCCUGUUCCUCCGCAGGGGCAUGUUGCGUUCAUGUUGCGUCCUGGACUGGCCUGUCCAUAAGGAGAGAGUACCGGCCUUUCACCAGAAGCUCCUCAUUGCGCUCGGCAUGACUAACCGACUGCAGGACUGACUUUUUCCUUGUUAAUAGUGGAAAAUUUGAUUCAUGACAAUAAUUACCUAUGCUUGUACAGUUUGUGUAAUUGUUUCUAAUUGCUGAUUGUUUUCCUUCUGUGUAAAUAUUUGGCUUAUAUAUGUGCUUCAUACUACUUAAGUCAUGUUGUGUUUGAAGGAUAUUGUGGCUGUACGUCAAAAGUCCAAUAAAGUCACAUGAAUAUCUCAACUA